CAAACAAAGCCACUGGCACUGCCAAUAAAGACAAGCCAUGCCUCCUCCGUGCGUAGCGUCUCUUCUUUUCACUCUGCCGUGAGGGGAAGGCAGGACACCAUUCUCGUCGCCUUUCCUUAUCAGAAAGACGCCGGUUUUUUAGGGGAGAAGGAGUCAGUCCUUGUAUAUAGUGGAUUAUUUUUUAAUGUUGUACUGCUGAUGAGUUGAGAUGCUGGCGGAGCGCAGAGAGAACAGCAGGGCUGCCUUUGCCCUGACAAAGCCGCUUAAGAUGAACAUGGUGAAAAGGAUCAUGGGGCGGCCGAGGCAGGAGGAGUGCAGCCCCCAGGACAAUGCGCUGGGUCUGAUGCACCUGCGACGCCUCUUCUCCGAACUGUGCCACCCUCCCAGACACAUGACCCAGAAGGAGCAGGAGGAGAAGCUCUACAUGAUGCUUCCUGUAUUCAACAGGGUGUUUGGGAACGCUCCACCCAGCAGCAUGACGGAGAAGUUUGCCGACCUGCUGCAGUUCACCACCCAGGUCUCACGUCUCAUGGUGACCGAGAUCAGACGAAGAGCCUCUAAUAAAUCCACAGAGGCAGCCAGUCGAGCUAUAGUCCAGUUCCUCGAGGUGAACCAGAGUGAGGAGACGAGUCGCGGCUGGAUGCUGCUGACCACCAUCAACCUGCUGGCCUCCUCCGGACAGAAAACGGUGGACUGCAUGACGACCAUGUCUGUACCCUCCACGCUGGUCAAAUGCCUCUACCUGUUCUUCGACCUGCCUCACAUGGUGGAGGCACCAGGCCACACCCAGCAGGAGCUGCCCCUGGCUGAGCGCAGGGUGCUGCUCCAGAAAGUCUUCGUCCAGAUCCUGGUGAAGCUCUGCACCUUUGUGUCUCCGGCGGAGGAGCUGGCCCAGAAGGACGACCUCCAGCUGCUGUUCAGUGCCAUCACCUCCUGGUGCCCCCCCCACAACCUGCCCUGGAGGAGGAGCGCGGGGGAGGUGCUCACCACCAUCUCCCGACACGGCCUCAGCGUCAACGUGGUCAAAUACAUACAUGAGAAGGAAUGCCUGGGCACGUGUGUUCAGAACAUGCAGCAGUCGGAUGAUCUGUCACCGUUGGAGAUUGUGGAGAUGUUCGCCGGCCUCUCCUGCUUCCUCAAGGACUCCAGUGACGUGUCACAGACCCUGCUGGACGACUUCCGAAUGUGCCAGGGUUACGCCUUCCUCUGCGAUCUCAUGCUCAGACUCGAACAGGCCAAGGAGGACGAAUCAAAAGAUGCACUGAAGGACCAUGUCAACCUGGUCACUCGUCUGACCACAUACGGGGUGACGGAGCUGAAACCCGCCGGCCUGACAACCGGAGCCCCCUUCCUGCUGCCUGGCUUUGUUCUCCCGCAGCCUUCUGGAAAAGGUCACACAGUGCGUAAUAUCCAGGCCUUCUCUGUGCUUCAGAAUGCCUUCCUGAGGGCUAAAACAAGCCGUCUGGCCUCUAUGCUACUGGACGCCAUCGGAAACAUCUACUCGGCCGAGUCGGCCAACUACUUCAUCCUGGAGUCGCAGCACACCCUGUCCCAGUUUGCAGACCGUGUGGCCAAGCUCCCCGAGGCCCAGACCAAGUACUUUGAGCUGCUGGAGUUUGUCGUCUUCAGCCUCAACUACGUGCCGUGCAAAGAACUGUUCAGCGUCAGCGUGCUGCUCAAAUCGAGCACGUCGCACGCCUGCAGCAUCACGGCCGUCCGGUCGCUGCUGAAGCUGUCCAGGCACGACCCGGUGUUCAGCGAUGUGCUGAGGGAGGUCGGCCUGUUGGAGGUGCUGGUCAACCUGCUGCACAAGUACGCUGCCUUGCUCAAAGACCCAGCCACGCAGCAACCACACAAUAACGACCAAGCUGACUGUAAAAACAACACCGUGGCAGAGGAGCAGAAGCAGUUGGCCUGGCUGGUAAUGGAGACGCUGACUGUGCUCCUGCAGGGCUCCAACACCACCAACACUAAUGCAGCUCUGUUCAGGGAGUUUGGCGGCGCUCGUUGCGUUCACAACAUCGUGAAGUAUCGGCAGUGUCGGGAACACGCCCUGCUCAUCAUCCAGCAGCUCGUCCUGUCGCCCAGCGGAGACGACGACAUGGGGACACUGCUGGGCCUCAUGCACUCUGCCCCGUCCAGUGAACUACAGCUGAAGACCGACAUACUGCGGGCUUUGUUAGCGGUGUUGCGUGAGAGCCACCGCACCCGUACGGUGUUCCGUAAGGUUGGCGGCUUCGUCUACGUCACCUCUCUGCUGGUGGCCAUGGAGCGCUCCCUGUGCCAGCAGCCGCGGCACGGCUGGGAGCGCGUCAACCAGAACCAAGUCUUUGAGCUUCUGCACACCGUCAUCAGCACGCUCACCGCCGCCAUGCGCUACGAGCCCGCCAACUCACAUUUCUUCCGCACAGAGAUCCAGUACGAGAAGCUGGCUGAUGCCAUUAGGCUGCUGGGCUGUUUCUCAGACACUAAGAAGCUGGGUGCCACAGGCGUGUUCCCCUCCAACGCUCAGCCUUUCCAGAGGCUGCUGGAGGACGAGGCUGCCCCCGGAGGCUGCGCAGGAGACAGUGUCUGUCCCACGCUCAAACACUGCAGCAAGCUCUUCAUCUACCUGUACAAGAUGGCCACCGACUCUUUUGACAGUCGUGCGGAGCAGGUGCCUCCCUGCCUGACUCAUGAGACCUCGCUGCCCUCGCCGUGGGGCACGCCAGCACUCGCCAGGAAGAGACAAGGCUACUACGGUACAUCUGGCCCUCCCGCCCCAGUCAAAGCCCUCACAGACCUGAAGCUCCACCUUGCCAACGCCUCCCACCCCGCUUCCUCCUCGUCUUCGUCUGACAUGGUGGUCAUCCACCCAGGGGCCGUCCUGGCCAUCCUGGACCUGCUGCCCUCCGUCUGCUCCGACAGCCAGCCAGAGCACGCUCUGGACCUGCAGCUGGCAGUGGCCAACAUCCUGCAGCUCCUGGUGAACAGUGAGAGGAACCAGCAGGUGCUGUGUGAAGCGUGCCUCCACCAGCGGCUGUUGCAGCGCUGCAGUCAGGCCCUGGGCGACGAAGACCAUCCACUGCACCCUCCGCUGCAGAGGAUGUUUGAGAGGCUGGCCUCGCAGGCCCUGCAGCCCAUGGCACUCAGGGAGUUCUUGCGUCUUGGGAACCCUCUGAACUGCGGCGCCUGGGACAAGAAGCUACUGAAGCAGUACCGGGUUCACAAACCGAGCUCUCUCAGCUACGACGCCGAGAUGAGAAACAGUAUGACCAUGUCCAUGGAGGGCUUCGGUCCUGACAGCGUCUUCGCCACACCAGCGGAGGACAACGGCCAGUAUCGCAUCAGCCGCAGCCUCGUGCGCUCCGCCGAGGGCAGCACCGUACCCCUCACCCGAGUCAAGUGCCUGGUGUCCAUGACAACGCCCCAUGACAUACGCCUGCACGGAUCGGCCGUCACACCUGCGUUUGUGGAGUUUGACACCUCGCUGGAGGGCUUUGGGUGCCUGUUUCUGCCCAGCCUGGCGCCCCACAAUGCUACCACUAACAACACCAACGCCUCAGGUGUCAGCGACGGAGCAGUGCUGAGCGGGAUGGGCACAGGGGAGCGCUUGUUUCCUCCUCCGUCAGGCCUGAGCUACUCCACCUGGUUCUGCGUGGAGCGUUUCAGCACAGCUCCUCAGGCGCACCCGGUGCGACUGCUGACCGUCGUCCGACGGGCCACGUCCUCGGAGCAGCACUACGUCUGCCUGGCAGUGGUGCUGUCUGCCAAAGACCGCUCGCUCACCGUCUCCACCAAGGAGGAGCUGCUGCAGAGCUACUCGGACGAGUCGAGUGAAGAAGCCUCCUUCUAUGAGAUCCUGCCCUGCUGUGCACGUUUCCGCUGCGGCGAGCUGAUCGCGGAGGGCCAGUGGCACCACCUGGUGCUGGUCAUGAGCAAAGGCAUGCUGAAGAACAGCAUGGCCACGCUGUACAUCGAUGGCCAGCUCAUCAACACUGUCAAGCUUCACUACGUACACAGUGCACCGGGCGGCUCCGGCUCCACCAACCCUCCCGUGCUGAGCACUGUGUACGGGUAUGUUGGGACGCCACCUGCCCAGCGCCAGCUCUCCAGCCUGGUGUGGCGUCUAGGGCCCAGCCACUUCCUGGAGGAGGUCCUGCCUGCCACCAGCGUCGCCGCCAUCUAUGAACUGGGACCCAACUACGUGGGCAGCUUCCAGGCCGUCUACCUUCCCUGUAAAGACUCGAAGACAGAAGUAGCCCCUACCUCCCCGGUGGCGCUGGUACCAGAGGAGAAGGUGUCCUUCAGUCUCUAUGCGCUCUCUGUCUCUACUCUCACUGUGGCCAAGAUCAGGAAAGUCUACAACAAACUGGACAGCAAAGCCAUCGCCAAACAGCUCACUGUAUCCUCUCAUGAAAACGCCACUCCGGUCAAGUUGAUUCAUAACGCUGCCGGCCACCUCAACGGACCAGCGCGUACCAUCGGAGCAGCUGUGAUCGGAUAUUUAGGCGUCCGUGCCUUCGUGGCCAAACCCGUGGCGACCAACCUGCAGUAUGUGGGCGGGGCAGCGGCCAUCUUGGGCCUGGUUGCCAUGGCGUCAGAUGUGGAGGGGCUGUAUGCUGCUGUCAAAGCUUUGGUGUGCGUCGUAAAAAGCAAUCCGCUGGCCAGCAAGGAGAUGGAGCGCAUCAAAGGCUACCAGCUGCUGGCUAUGCUGCUGAAGAAGAAGCGCUCGCUGCUCAACAGCCACAUCCUCCACCUCACCUUCUCUCUGGUGGGGACAGUGGACAGCGGCCACGAGACCUCCAUCAUUCCCAACUCCACCGCCUUCCAGGACCUGCUCUGUGACUUCGAGGUGUGGCUCCACGCUCCCUACGAGCUCCAUCUGUCUCUGUUUGAGCAUUUCAUCGAACUGCUGACAGAAUCCAGUGAGGCGGCGAAAAAUGCCAAACUGCUGAGGGAGUUUCAGCUGAUCCCCAGGCUGCUGCUGACCCUGAGAGACGCCUCCCUGUCCCAGCCGACUGUAGCUGCCAUCAGCAACGUGCUCAGUCUGCUGCUGCAGGGCUUCCCCAACCAGUAUGACCUGCUGAGGUUUGGCCAGUUCAUCUCCUCCACUCUUCCCACAUUUGCCGUGUGUGAGAAGUUUGUCGUCAUGGAAAUCAAUAACGAGGAGAAGAUCGAUGGAGGUAAUGACGAUGAUUUCGGCGGUCUCCUGUCAGCCAGCAUCAUUCUGCUGAGGAACCGCCUGCUGGACAACCUGCUCAGACUGCUGUUCACCACCAAAGAGAAGUGCACCGUCAAUGCACAAGCCUGUGAGGAGCUGGUGCGGACGAUGGGCUUCGAUUGGCUCUUGAUGUUCAUGGAGGAACACCUUCACUCAAGUACGGUCACAGCAGCUCUGUGGAUCCUGGUGGUGCUGCUCUCCAACCAAUCCAUCCUCAACCGCUUCAAAGAGGGCCUGUGUGGAGGCGGCUGGCUCGACCACACCGACUCUGUCCUGACCAAUAAGAUCGGCACAGUGCUGGGCUUCAACGUGGGCCGCAGUGCUGGCGGGCGCUCCACAGUGCGAGAGAUCAACCGGGACGCGUGCCACUUCCCAGGGUUGCCUGUGUUGCAGACGCUGCUGCCCAAACACACCAACGUGCCGGAGCUUUACUUCCUGCUCAUGGCGCUGUUCCUGCAGCAGCCUGUCACCGAGCUGCCAGACAGCCUGCAGGUACAUUUUGACCUGGACUCCAUCUGGACGUUCAUCUUUGGCAUACCGACCUCCAGUGGGACAGUAGUGGGCUCCAUCCACAACGUGUACACCGAGGCGGCCUUCCUGCUGCUGGCCAUGCUGCGCAGCAUGCUCAACCUGCCGUGGCAAUCAGAGGAGGAAGGCUCCUGGCUGAGGGAGUACCCGGUCACCCUCAUGCAGUUCUUUAGAUAUCUUUACCACAACGUGCCCGACCUGGCACCAAUGUGGCACAGUGCGGAGUUCCUCUGUGCCCUGGCAGCAACCGUCUUCCCUUUCAACAUCAGACCCUACUCUGAGAUGGUCAGUGAUUUAGACGACGAGGCGGGGUCUCCCACAGAGGAGUUCAAGGCCUUUGCAGGGGACUCGGGUAUGAACCGCAGCCAGUCUGAAUACUGUAAUGUGGGCUCCAAGACAUCCCUGACCAACCACCCAGCCAAAAAGUACGUCUUUGACUUCAUGAGGGUCCUGAUCAUGGACAACCUCUGCAUGACCCCGGCCAGCAAGCAGACGCCCAUCAUUGACCUUCUGCUGGAGGCCUCCCCGGAGCGCUCCACCAGAACUCAGCAGAAGGAGUUUCAGUCCAACAUCCUGGAUGGCGUCAUGGAGCAUCUUCUGGCUGCUGAUGUCCUUCUAGGUGAAGAUGCCUCUCUGCCCCUCAGCAGUGGAGGCAGUUAUCAGAUUCUGGUCAACAACGUCUUCUACUUCACCCAGCGGGUGGUGGACAAGCUGUGGCAGGGCAUGUUCAACAAGGACUCCAAGCUGGUGGUGGACUUCAUCGUGCAGCUCAUAGGACAGUCUAAGCGGCGUUCCCAGGGUCUGUCGCUCGACACCAUCUACCACUGUCUGAACCGCACGGUGCUCUACCAGCUCUGUCGACCCCACAAGACGGUCGCUCAGCAGGUGGCCCUGCUGGACGCCCUGCGGGUCCUGACCGUCAACCGCAACCUGGUGCUCGGGCCGGGCAACCACGACCAGGACUUUGUGGCCUGCCUGGCUCACUGCUUUAUCUGCCUGCACAGUGGAAGCAGCGUGGAGGGCUUCGGUCUGGAGGCGGAGGCCAGGAUGACAACCUGGCACGUCAUGAUGCCCACGGAGAAUGAGGCUGACGCUACGCACAGCCAGGACGUCAGCGAGGGGCGGCAGCUGCUGCUGAAGGCGGUGAACCGGGUGUGGACGGAGCUGAUGCAUAGCAAGCAGCAGAUGCUUGAGGACAUAUUCAAAGUGUCACUGCCCUGCAACGACAGAGGCCACGUGGACAUCGCCACGGCCCGGUCCGCCCUGGAGGAGCCGGCCCUGAAGAGCUGGCAGAACCACCUGGUCCAUGAGAAGAAGUGCAUCAGUCGGGGCGAGACGGUGGCGCCGGCGUCACAGUCCAAACUGUCCAGAGUCAGCAGCAACUUCGGCCUCUCCAAACUGACAGGCGUCCGCCGCAACAAGAGAGAGAACAGCCUGAAUAAGAACAGCCUGUCUGCACAGGAGACGUUCCAGUGGAUGUUCACACACAUCGCUGUGGUUCGAGACCUGGUGUCCAUGCAGUACAAAGAAUAUCAAGAGCGGCAGCAGAACACUCUCAAGUACGUGACGGAGGAGUGGGCGUCCAUCGAAUACGAGCUGCUGCGUGAACGGGGCCUCUGGGGCCCGCCAAUCGGAUCCCACCUGGACAAGUUUGUGCUGGAGAUGACGGAGGGGCCCUGCCGGAUGAGGAAGAAGAUGGUCCGCAAUGACAUGUUCUACAUCCACUACCCAUACAACCCUGAGAUGGAGCCCAACACCAACUCAGCUCAGAAACCUCUCCGUUACCGGCGAGCCAUCAGCUACGACAGUAAGGAGUACUACGUGCGCCUGCUGUCUGGAAACCCCGGCAUGUACCAGCACUCUGUGGAGCACAACACAGAAGGAGAGACCACACAGCAUGAGCCCGAGCAUGGAGAGGACACCAUCGCAAGAGUCAAAGGCCUGGUGAAGGCUCCUCUCAAGAGGUCUCGGUCCACAGCGGACGGGGCGGAUGAGGAGAGUCAGGAGCAGCUUCAGGAGCAGCUGUUGGAGUCAGGAGGCCCUGAGGAGGAGCAGAGGACCGACAACACGUCUCUGCUGCGCCUCCUGGAGGAGGGGGAGAAGAUUCAGCACAUGUACCGCUGUGCCAGGGUGCAGGGUCUGGACACCAGCGAGGGUCUGCUGCUGUUUGGGAAAGAGCACUUCUACGUCAUCGACGGCUACACCAUGACCGUGUCCAGGGAGAUCAGGGACAUCGACACGCUGCCCCCCAAUUUGCAUGAGGCCAUCAUCCCCAGAGGAGCGAGACAAGGACAGAGCCAGCUGAAGAGAACCUGCAGCAUCUUCGCCUACGAGGACAUCAAGGAAGUGCACAAGAGACGCUACCUGCUCCAGCCCAUGGCAGUAGAAGUCUUCUCAGCAGAUGGGAGGAACUACUUGUUAGCCUUCCAGAAAGGAGUCCGCAACAAAGUUUACCAAAGGUUCUUGGCCGUGGUGCCUUCACUGGCGGACAGCUCAGAGUCGGUUUCAGGCCAGAGGCCCAACACCAGCGUGGAACAAGGAUCUGGGCUCCUCAGCACGCUGGUGGGUGAAAAGUCAGUGACUCAGAGAUGGGAGCGAGGAGAGAUCAGCAACUUCCAGUACCUGAUGCAUCUGAACACGUUGGCAGGACGAUCCUACAACGACCUGAUGCAGUAUCCUGUCUUCCCCUGGAUCCUGGCCGACUUCGACUCUGAGGAGCUGGACCUGAACAACCCCAAGACGUUCCGUAACCUCGCCAAGCCCAUGGGCGCCCAGACCGACGACAGACUGACGCAGUACAAGAAGAGGUACAAGGACUGGGAGGACCCCAACGGUGAAACCCCAGCGUACCACUACGGCACCCACUACUCAUCAGCCAUGAUCGUGGCCUCUUAUCUGGUCCGGAUGGAGCCCUUCACACAGAUCUUCCUCAGACUUCAGGGAGGUCAUUUUGACCUGGCUGACAGGAUGUUCCACAGUAUGCGUGAAGCCUGGCUCUCUGCCUCCAAACACAACAUGGCCGACGUCAAGGAGCUCAUCCCCGAGUUCUUUUAUCUGCCCGAGUUCAUCCUCAACGCCAACAACUUCGACCUGGGAGCCAAGCAAAAUGGCACCAAGCUGGGUGACGUCCUCCUGCCACCUUGGGCCAAGGGCGACCCGCGGGAGUUCAUCCGAGUCCACAGAGAUGCUUUGGAGUGCGACUAUGUAUCGGCCCACCUCCACGAAUGGAUCGACCUGAUCUUCGGGUACAAGCAGCAGGGCCCUCCAGCCGUGGAGGCGGUCAACGUCUUCCACCACCUGUUCUACGAGGGUCAGGUCGACAUCUACAACAUCAACGACCCGCUCAAAGAGACGGCCACCAUCGGGUUCAUCAACAACUUCGGACAAAUCCCCAAACAGCUGUUUAAGAAGCCGCAUCCUCCUAAACGUGUCCGCAGUAAAGCUAACGGGGACGUAACGAGCAUUCCUCCGAGCUCCAACGGCGACAAGAUCUUCUUCCAUCAUCUGGACAAUCUCAGACCUUCUCUAGCACCAGUCAAAGAGCUGAAGGAGCCUGUGGGACAGAUCGUGUGCACCGACAAGGGGAUACUUGCUGUAGAGCAAAACAAAGUUCUGGUUCCUCCGACAUGGAGCAAGACGUUCGCCUGGGGAUACGCCGACCUCAGCUGCCGUCUGGCGAACUACGAAUCUGACAAGGCGUUGGUGGUGUACGAGUGUCUGUCAGAGUGGGGUCAGAUCCUGUGUGCCAUAUGUCCCAACCUGAAGUUGGUUAUCACCGGUGGCACCAGCACCGCCAUCUGUGUGUGGGAGACGGGAAUCUCCAAGGAGAGGGCCAAGUCACUCACGCUCAAACAGGCAUUACUGGGCCACACGGACGCCGUAACGUGUCUGACGGCGUCGUCGGCGUACCACAUUGUUGUCAGCGGCUCGCGGGACCGAACCUGCAUCAUCUGGGACCUCAACAAGCUUUCCUUCGUCACGCAGCUCAGGGGACACCGAGCGCCCGUCUCUGCUCUGUGCAUCAAUGAGCUGACGGGGGAUAUUGUGUCCUGUGCCGGGACAUACAUUCACGUGUGGAGCAUCAACGGCAGCCCCAUCGCCAGCGCCAACACCUUCACAGGGCGCAGCCAGCAGAUCCUGUGCUGCUGCGUGUCGGAGAUGAACGAGUGGGACACGCAGAACGUCAUCGUCACCGGACACUCGGACGGCGUCGUCAGGUUUUGGAGAAUGGAGUUCCUCCAAGUCCCAGAAACCCCUGCUCUAGAGCCGGUAGAGCCGGAUGUGCCUGAAUGCUGUGGUGAGGAGAAGAUCGAGGGUGGCGAGACUCACAACGGCGAUGAGGAGAGCAGCGAGUCGGAUGGAGACGAGCCGAGCCUGAGCCAGGAGCCCAAAGCACCACGCAACCCUUCAGCAGGUGGAGGCAGCCAACCGGGCAGCGCUGUGCACAGACCCAGAGGUCCUUCAGCCCGAGCGGGAGCCUCAUGGUCGAUGGACAGCAGCUCUGACGACUCGCACCGCUGGUCAGACACCCUGAGCAUCGACGAGAAGGACGGCUUCGUGUUCGUCAACUACUCUGAGGGCCAAACUAAAGUCCCUCACCCCCACCCUCACCCUCACCCUCACCCGGCUCAUCCAGGCCAGGGCUCAGUGCCGCAGCCUCACCAGCCCUGCACCAUGGACGCACGGACGUAUAACCAGCUCAGGACCGGCUACAGAUGGGAGCGCCAGCUGGUCUUCCGGAGCAAACUCACCAUGCACACAGCGUUUGAUCGCAAGGACAACGCGCAACCAGCUGAGAUCACAUCCCUCGCCAUUUCCAAGGACCACAGUAAGAUCCUGGUGGGCGACGGUCGCGGUCGAGUCUUCAGCUGGUCUGUGAGCGACCAGCCGGGCCGCUCGGCGGCCGACCACUGGGUGAAGGACGAGGUGGUUGACAGCUGCUCCGGCUGCACGGUCCGCUUCUCCCUCACCGAGCGACGCCACCACUGCAGGAACUGCGGGCAGCUCUUCUGCCAGAAGUGCAGUCGCUUCCAAUCGGAGAUCAAAAGGCUGAAGAUCUCGUCUCCGGUGCGAGUUUGUCAGAACUGUUACUACAACCUUCAACACGAGCGAAGCGCCGAGGACGGCUGCAGAAACUGAGGUCCACCUCCACCCGGAAGAGACACCUCGUCCUCCCGAGGAGCAUUUCAUUCCUCCGACUGCCUUGUUGUUCCCCCAACACCUCCCACGUAUCCCAGAACGCUGUCCCUCCAAACCCCGUUAUCGCUUGUCCUCUCGUACGUCCAGUAACCACGUGUACCGUAACACACUGACAGACUGUCACAGGAGGGAAUGUCUGCCGUCUCAGCGAAGAAGGUGGGGAAGAAAACGAGGAUCGAAAGGAAAACAAAACCCUCAAUCACCACUUUUACCACCUGCACUCACCUGGAGGAAGAGAAAACGAAAAGAAGCAAAAACACCCUCGACGCGGCUCGCUUGAAACAAUCACCCGCCAUUUUUGCUUUGAGAUCAAGAACUCCUUCCACUCUCACCGCGAGACAUAACAAACUUGUUAAUAUUGUAAAUACUGACCAUGGCCUUUUUAACUCUAAGAGAAGCAAACACCGAACAAAAAAUAAGGUCAAUGAGAAAAAACAAAUUGCCUGUAACAUAGCGUUGUGACUAACCACUCCUGGCUUUAAAAAACAAACAAAAUGGAUUGUGUGUAGUCUGCGUCACGAGUCAUGGCGAGUCCAGAGGAACGGAUAUGAAUGUCAAUAAUUAAUGUCUGUGGGUCGACUUUACUAGUGGGUCUAGUUAUGCAAAAUUAAUUUUUCUUUUUUUAAUUUCCUGAUCAAGUUUUGUUGUUGUUUACAAAAUGUAUUUUGUGAGUGUUGCCCACAGUGUGAAGCCAUCACCAUCACAGAGAGAUUUAUUAGCCUUUUUUUGCCAAAUUGUUUUUGAUGCCUCAAUUCUGAUCUAUUCUGUCCUUUAUAUGAAUUAGCAUUUGGAGAAUUGUUGUUGUUGCUGCUGUCUGAAGACUGGACACAUUAUCAUUUGAGAUUCUAUGUUGAAACCAUAUCACUGCGUUUAUUUCCAGAUUUUCCUUCUUUUUUCUUUUGUCUAGAGCGAGAGCAUCGUGGGUUCAUCGGUGAAAAGAUGUUAAAUUGUUAAAUGAUUUAACUUUUCCAUCAUGGCUCUGUCUUGUAGCCUUUUUUAGUUACUGUACAGCAUCGGAGCGGUUACUGAAUGCACACGAAAAGGGAUUCUUAGUGUAUAUUGCCGUUUUUAUUUUCUUGUGUGCAUUAUUAAAGCAGAUCAUCAAAUGUGGCACUCCACACACUUUAUCCUCAGUCCUUGUAAAAAGAUGUUAAACUGCAGGAGCAGCAGCCGAGCACCUUUUUUAAAGAGUUUAUUCAGUACAGAGAGAAGUUGUUAUUAUUGACAUUGGAGAAGAUGUAAAUAAUCCUUUGAAUAGUUAAUUCACACAUUCUGAAAUUCCUUCAAACACGACUACAUCCCAGCUAAAUCUUUGAAAAUAUCUCGGGGUGUUUUGUUUAAUCAAACAUAUCGAGAGACAGAGCUUCUGUUUUACCUUCCUUUCUUUUUUUUGGUACAAAUGCAGGGAAAUGUCCAUAUGUUCUGACAGGCAUAUCAGGCUUUCACAUUUCAUCAGUGAUGCAUCCUGUUUUUGCUUCUUUAUGUGCGUAAUUAGGAACCCAAGAACCAAUUAAUGACAUCCAGAAUUUCAGCAAGUUUAAGAUCAAGUCAAUUACUGAAGUAAAUGUAUUUCGGCGUGGAUGUUUUUUGUUUUCAUCCUGAGUUUAGUUGGCUAACGAUGUAUUUAGUGGAUUGAAGGUUUUGGUCAAAUAACAUGUUUAACGUGUGUUUUUUUACAGGAGUUUACAACACGGCGUAUUACGGCCAAUGUAGAUAUAAAAAAAGAAAGAAUUAUGGAAAAGGGGGAGAAGUGUAAUAAUCUUUGAGUUUUGUCUCGUAACUUUACCCCUUUAAUCUCAGAGAAUAUGAAUGUGUUUUUUUCUGGUAAAUUCUUGAUUUUAAUUUCAGAAUAUUACUCCCUGGCGCCGUAAUUUAUCAUUUUUGUAUCCUACAAUUGCCCCUAUACGCCGUCAUAAGUAUUACCUGUGGAUACAUCGAUGAAGUUUAAUAUGUGCCAAAAAUCUGAUUUGCUGUAAAAAACUGAUAUUUUGGCACAGAUUGAACCCCAUACAGGGCUGCCAUGUUGACACACAACUGACAUUUACAUUAACAGAAAAAAUAAGUUUAUAAUGUAUCCCCAUAAAAUACACGUUUCACUCUGCAGGAUGGCGGCUGCUGCUGCUGCUGCUGCUGGGUUAAAUAGUUGGACAUUAAGAAAGUAUUUUAGUUCUUCAUGUCUGUACAUGUUGUUUACUUGGCCCUCCUCUCUCUUCAUACAACUGUUGAUGUUUUGUUUGUGGUUUUGUGGGCAACAACUGUGCAUUCAAGUGCUGCUUUCUUUCCGUUUUCUUUUUGCUUCCCACUAGUCUUCACAGUAAAAUCUCAAACAUGUAAAAAAGAAAAGAAAAAGAGAACACUUUAAUAUUCACCCCCACAGCUCCCUGAUGUUCUAAUAAUAAUAUGCACUCUUGUAAUUGUCCCUAUAUCAUUCUGCAUUUAUGUACUGUAAUUUAGCGUGCAAUCAUGCCAUCUAGCUGAAAAGGCCGAGUCGGCUUCUAUCAAUCAAGAGUUCCUUUGCACCUUCACGUGUACAAAAAAAGAAACUUCAAGAGGAAUCACAGGUUUUAUUAAAUGCAGUUUUCGUUAUUUUAACAGAAAGGUGCAUUUCACAGCGGAUAAAUAAACUGUACAAAGUAUUUAUGCAAUUAUAACUGGUUUUAGAUUUUUUUUUUUUAUGAUUGUUGCGAUUUCAGCAAGUUUUGUUACUUGUUGCAUGUCUAUUAACACAGCUGACUUUCUGUGUCAGUGCAUUGUACAUGUUCUUGGCAUUAUAUUUUUUGGGAUUUUCUUUUCCUUUUUUUUUUGGAGACAUUGUCUGAUGAGUUGUCACGAGUGACAGAUUUGUGUACAGAGCCGGAGAUCGUGUCCCCAACUCUGGGUGGACUUUUGUACUCUUUAUGGAAAAAAUUAAGGACUAAUGAGAGAAGAAAGAAAAAAAAGAGAAAAUGUUGGAUUAUUUUGGUGGUCUUGUAUUAGACUGCAUUACUGCAUUACUACAGUAUCUGGUGUGCAAUCUGUGAUAGCUGAAUGUUCCUUGUAUAUUUGUGUUCACUACAUCCUACAAGAGAAAAAUCAGUAGAGUAACCCCCACCCCUUACAGAAACAAAAUGUUACAAUAAUGCAAUAGAUAGGGUACUUAUUCUUUUUAAUUUAAUUUCAAUAAAUAAUUGCUGUUUACCACCAAAAAACUGAA